GAAGUCAGGUGAGCGCACCUGUUGGUAUGCGGAGAUUGUUAUAUUUAGGGUUUCACACAGAAACGCAGACAGCAUUUGACGGGGCGUUUAGCAAAGAGAAACAGUUUUUUUUUUUUUUUUAAAAAAAAAAAAAAAAAAUUGAAUAUACCUGCCUGUCUUUAAAACAUUUGCCAAGCAAACGCAGUUUAGUUUUCAAAGGCAAAUUAAUACAAGCGUAGAUUUGUACUCGCCAUGACGCGUUUGGGGUGCGUACAGUUUGUCCUGUAUUUCGCCGUUCUGGGACCCACUUGGGCCGACAGCCAAGAAGGAGAAGGCGGGUGCUUGGGUAUUUUCGAGGCGCUCCCCGGUACGGGUCUGGACCCCAAGUCUUUCGACAACGGCGCUGUCUACGCCGCCCACCUGGAAGACAUUUCGGACGCGGAGAGCUGCGAGAAGGCGUGCUGCGCUCACAGCCGGUGCAGCCUGGCGCUGUUGAAUCGCACCGGGGCGAGGACUCUGUGCCACCUGGUAACCUGUGUCGCGGAGAGCACCGGAGAGGACGCCUGUAUCGCCACCCCCAACGCCGCUUACGACAGCUACCGCAAGCGAGAAAGCGACUACCGGUCUUCCAGCAACGAAGAAGAGAAGUGCCACGCCCCUAUUGAGGUGGGGCCCUGCCGCGCCGCGUUCCCGCGCUUCAACUACGACCCAGUGAACCAGACCUGCACGAAGUUCAUCUAUGGGGGCUGCAAGGGCAACGCCAACAACUACAAGAGCAAGGAGGACUGCGAGGGAGCCUGCGCCGGCGUCCGAGCUGACAAGGACUCUCACAACAGCACCCUCCUGGUAUCCAAGAGAAUGGCAAGACCCAUGAAACUUGAGUCUCCCAUUGAUGACACUGGACUGGUAGAGCACAGAGACUCGUGUGAGGUGGCUCCCGUGGUCGGUCCGUGUCGAGCCUCGAUGCCGCGGUUCUUCUAUAACAGCUCCUCUGGCUCCUGCCAGCUCUUCAUCUACGGGGGCUGCCAAGGAAACAACAACAACUACCAAACGCAGGCAGAGUGCCAGGCCAAGUGCUCCGAGAAUCUACCUCCUGUCCCCAUGCCAAUGAUGAAACAGUCUGCUGAAUACAAAGAUCAGUGCCUGGCCGAGCCGGAAGUGGGGCCCUGCCGCGCUGCCUUCCCCAGCUGGUACUACGACUCCAACGUCCAGGACUGCCUGCCCUUUAUCUUCGGGGGCUGUGGUGGGAACCUGAAUCGAUACAGCUCUGCCCAGGACUGCAUUAGCCGCUGCGCGGGGGGGCCAGAAGCAAAUGGUCAGCAUCAUGGACACGGUUUCCUAAAGCACCGCACAGUGUACAUCCUCACUGCGGUGAUGGCAGUGGUUAUGGUGAUACUGGUCAUGGGGCUGAUCUUUGUGUGUCUCAGGAAGGCUCGAGAGUGCCAGCUGCUGGUCGGUGAUGACAAAGAGGAGCUGCUGCCAUCCUCCGGGAGCGAGAAGGCCUAGGUGGCCAAACAAACUCCUAUCUCUCCCCCCAGUUUCACUUCUCUUUGCUCCCUUUUGCUUCUAGACUCCCCUACCACCUUCCUCUUCACUCCACCCCAGCCCUGCCCUCUUCAGGGCAAGCUACAGCGGCCUCUUGCAAGUCUGAAUAAAGAAAAUCACUUUCCUCAAUAUCCUGUGCAAAAGUUUCUAAACUUGUGUACUUCUGUUUUCACAGAACCACACAAGCCUAGGGUAGUAGGUUAGUGAAUGGCAAGGAUUUGGAUUUUUCCACCAGACGUCGCUGUUGUGCUGUGUGCCCUGACUUGACCACACGAGGGCAGCACAUUUUAUUGAAUGUGGCACUAAAGCAGGGUUGUGUAUCAGCCUUCCGUUGAGGAAGGUUGUAUUUUUAACUACUGUAGAAUGACUUGUAAGAAAUAAGAGGGGGUUUGGAAAAUGGAUUAUGAAGUAGGUAUUGAUCAUUUGCUAUAUAAUUACACUACAGAUAAACAGCAUUAGCAAACCAUCCACUCUCCACAGUGUCACAUAUUAUAUAACUGCUCUGUGUUUGUAACUUUUUCUUGUACUGACCUGUAGCUUAGGUUUUAUUUUAAGUGUGUUCUUGAAAAUGUUUUAAAUAUGUGUUCUUGUACAACCUUGAUAGACCAGCCUGGUAUAACACCCUUUCUUCCUCCUCUCUAUCGCCCCUUUCCUGAUUCUUUCCUGGGACAGACCAAACUUGUUUUGUUUCGUUUUCAUCUUUUGACGAGACUGGCACGGCAUGGUUCUACACCUCAGGAAUAGAUUUAUCUAUGUCUUUCAUAACUUUUUUUUUUUAAUAGUUUCAAUGUUCUGUUAAGAAUUGAUAAGAUGUCAAACAAUAGUUUGUCACUUCAUUGUGUGUGGUUUCAUUUAUAAAGUGUGUGUGUGGGGGGGGGGGGGUUGCAAUUUCAUUUAUAAAUGGGGAUUAUAAUUUUAAAGCUGGCUCAUAGCAAAACAUGAAACUUUGUUUAAUACUAUGAAAUUGAUAUAUAUUUAACUUAUGAGAAGAAAUAAUACUAGUGAUGUACUUUAGGGGUAUUCUAGACCCGUGGUGCAUAACGCUGGCCCUCGUGAUGUAUUCCAGUCCUGCUCUUUGUUACAGCCAGGUCCUAACUCGGUUAAUUGCCUCUUAGCAACUUCAUUUAACUAGACUGGAACCUGCUUGGAGUGAAAACCUGGACUGGAUCUCGGGGGCCGGAGUUGAGUGCCACUGCUCUGGACUCUGCAUAUAAUCAACAAGAUGGUGUUUUGAUUUGUUUAAUAUGUACGUUCUAUUCGAAAUAAAAUUUAAUAAGA